CAAUUAGAGGAGUUCCAGUAGAAGGAGAUGGGCGGCGAUGUAGAGAAGAUGAUUGCCAUUGGCCUAGUUUGGGGAGUUACGAACGCUUUAAUGCGCAAGGGUGCUCUCCUUUGGGAUCAAAAGCUCCAAUCCUCUUCGGUUAAGCUUCAGCAAUUUCCUCAACUCCAUCGACGGUUACUUGGGCAUUUGAACAAUUGGCUAGAACUCCUAUUAGUUUGGCAGUACUCCAUCCCUUUCUUGUUAAAUCUAUCGGCCUCUGCUACUUUCUUCGCUGUUCUAAGCGACAGCCCCAUAUCUCUUGCAGUCCCCGUGACCAAUGCUACGACUUUUGCUGCGACUGCAAUAUCGGCUAUGCUCCUUGGCGAGGAGACUCGUGUUGGGUUUGCUUUGUUUGGUACAUUUCUUAUUGUUUUGGGUGUCUGGUUUUGUAUUAUGUGAUGAAGAUCUAAUGGGUGCUUGUAGAAUUGAUUUCAGUGUUUGUAUCGAAAAUUUCAUUAGUA